CUCUUUUUUGGUUUCGCCCAACCUGGCCUGAACAGCAGCGCUUCAGCCUUUAUCUUGGUGCCACUGAUGAUGAUAAGGAUGCUUCUCUCCAUCUCUAAAUGAUUACACAGGAAACCGACCACAGCUGUACGGCUGCGCGAUGAAUACACUGGCUUUUAACAGGCAUAAGUCUGGAAUAUCUGUGAUUAUGGAUAUCUUGUACUUUCUAUGGAUACUGCCGUCGGUGUGGGCUGUCGAAGAGGUACUAAUGGAUUCAACAACAGCAACAGCCGAACUGGGCUGGACCACCUACCCAUCUCAAGGGUGGGAAGAAGUUAGUGGAUACGAUGAAAAUAUGAACACCAUCCGAACAUACCAGGUGUGCAAUAUCUUUAAUAGCAGCCAAAACAACUGGGUCCGGACCAAAUACAUCCGUCGCCGUGGUGCUCAGCGUAUCCAUGUCCAGAUGAAAUUUUCAGUACGGGACUGUAGUUCCAUACCCAAUGUCCCUGGCUCCUGCAAGGAGACCUUCAACCUCUAUUUUUUUGAAUCUGACUUGGAUAAGGCCACUAAAUUAUACCCACCCUGGAUGGAAAACCCAUGGGUGAAAGUGGACACUAUUGCAGCUGACGAGAGCUUCUCUCAGGUCGAUCUCGGUGGCCGCAUCAUGAAGAUCAACAGUGAAGUUCGAAGCUUUGGACCUGUUUCCCACAAUGGCUUCUAUCUUGCUUUCCAGGAUUACGGUGCCUGCAUGUCACUUAUUGCUGUCCGAGUCUUCUACAGGAAAUGUCCCCAUAUAAUCCAGAAUGGAGCUGUUUUCCCUGAGACACUGUCAGGAGCAGAGAGCACCUCUCUUGUGGCAGCCAGAGGAGUGUGUGUUCCUAAUGGGGAGGAGGUGGAUGUACCCAUCAAGCUGUACUGUAAUGGGGAUGGGGAGUGGAUGGUACCUAUUGGCCGCUGUAUGUGUAAAGCUGGAUACGAGGCUGUGGCGAAUGGUACAGUCUGCAAAGCGUGUGUUACAGGCUUCUUCAAGGCUGCUCAGGGAGACCACAAAUGUUUACAGUGUCCCAUUAACAGCCGGACCACCAGCGAGGGAGCAACUAACUGUGUCUGUCGCAAUGGCUACUAUCGCACUGAAUCUGACCCUCCACAGAUGCCUUGUACCACUGUUCCAUCUGCACCACAAAAUGUCAUCUCCAUAGUAAAUGAGACUUCUCUGAUACUGGAGUGGAGUCCACCAAAGGAGAGUGGCGGCCGAGAAGAUGUAGUUUACAACAUCAUAUGUAAGAGUUGUGGCAGCGGUCGCAGCGGCUGCACCCGCUGUGGUGACAACGUGCAGUUUAUCCCACGUCAGCUGGGACUCACCAACACCCGAGUACAUAUCAGCGACCUCAUGGCUCACACGCAGUACACAUUUGAAAUACAAGCUGUCAAUGGAGUGUCUGAUCAGAGUCCUUAUUCACCACAGUACACGUCUGUCAACAUCACCACCAACCAGGCUGCACCAUCAAUAGUGUCCAUCAUCCACCAGGUUAGCAGAACUCCUAACAGCAUCACUCUGUCCUGGUCCCAGCCAGAUCAGCCCAAUGGUGUUAUUCUGGACUAUGAACUGCAGUAUUAUGAGAAGAACCAAGCAGAAUGGAACUCAUCUCUAACGAGGAGUCAGACCAACACUGCGGUCAUACGAGGUUUAAGGCCUGGAACCAUAUACGUGUUUCAGGUCCGGGCUCGGACUGUCGCUGGAUUUGGACGCUUCAGUGGUAAAAUGUACUUCCAAACCAUGACUGAAGAAGAAUAUAACUCCAUUAUUCAAGAGAAGCUCCCCCUCAUCAUUGGUUCAUCUGCUGCAGGGGUUGUCUUUAUUAUUGCCAUCACUGUCGUCAUAAUUGUUUGUCGCAGCAAAAGAAAUUCUGACAGACCAGAAUCUGAAUAUACAGACAAACUCCAACAUUACACCAGCGGUCACAUGUCACCGGGAAUGAAGAUCUACAUUGACCCCUUCACAUAUGAAGAUCCCAAUGAAGCGGUUAGAGAGUUUGCUAAGGAGAUUGACAUUUCCAGUGUAAAGAUUGAACAAGUGAUUGGAGCAGGAGAGUUUGGAGAAGUGUGCAGUGGAAACCUCCGACAGCCUGGGAAAAGGGAGAUAUUGGUGGCCAUCAAGACCUUAAAGGCAGGGUACACUGAACGCCAGAGGAGGGACUUUUUGAGUGAAGCAUCUAUCAUGGGUCAGUUUGAUCAUCCCAACAUCAUCCAUCUGGAGGGAGUGGUUACCAAGAGCAGCCCUGUAAUGAUCAUCACUGAAUUCAUGGAGAAUGGAUCCCUUGACUCAUUCCUCAGGCAAAAUGAUGGCCAGUUCACAGUGAUACAGCUGGUGGGAAUGCUGCGCGGCAUUGCAGCAGGAAUGAAAUACUUGUGUGACAUGAACUAUGUCCAUCGAGACCUGGCAGCAAGGAACAUCUUGGUCAACAGCAACCUAGUGUGCAAAGUGUCUGACUUUGGCCUGUCACGUUUCCUUGAAGAGGAUACUUCAGACCCCACUUACACCAGUGCUCUGGGGGGAAAGAUUCCCAUCAGGUGGACAGCACCAGAGGCCAUUCAGUACAGGAAGUUCACCUCCUCAAGUGACUGCUGGAGCUAUGGCAUAGUCAUGUGGGAGGUCAUGUCAUAUGGAGAGAGGCCCUACUGGGACAUGAGUAAUCAAGAUGUAAUCAAUGCCAUAGAGCAGGACUACAGGUUGCCACCCCCUAUGGAUUGUCCUAGUGCACUACAUCAGCUAAUGCUUGACUGCUGGCAGAAAGAUCGCAACAACCGACCCAAAUUCAGCCAGAUUGUCAGCACACUGGAUAAGAUGAUCCGCAAUCCCAACAGCCUGAAGGCCAUGACACCAUUGUCAUCAAGUGUUCAUUUAGCUCUGCUUGAUCGCAGCACUCCAGAUUUCUCCUCUUUCAGCACCGUCGAUGAGUGGCUGGAUGCCAUAAAAAUGGGCCAGUACAAGGAGAACUUCACCAGUGAAGGCUUCACCAGCUUUGAUGUGGUGUCUCAAAUGACCAUGGAGGAUAUCCUCCGAGUAGGAGUGACAUUGGCUGGUCACCAGAAGAAGAUUCUGAACAGCAUCCAGUCAAUGAGGGCCCAGAUGAACCAGAUCACCUCUGUGGAAGUGUGAUCUCAUAGACCAGAAGCACAAAGACUGUUCACUACAGGAUGUCCAGCUGCCAGUAACCAUGCAUUGAGGAACACAGACACUGUGACUUCAGUUGAACCUCAGAUUCACUUUUCCUCCUUCCAAACACUCUCCAAAGGCUUCCAUCAGUAUGCAGCACAGCACAGAUGUUGAGUAGUUUUCUUGAAGCUGCUGUAUAUUCAGGUAACAGUCAUUUUGGGGGGUUGUUGGACAUAAUCACAGGCAUCUAACUGUCAAACUGCUACAGUGCAGUCACGUGUAUUGUUAAUGUUCCAUCACUCUUCCACUCUCUCCACUACCAGCAACUUAAGUUAUUCUUAAGAAUUAAUGUCCUAAAAUUGGCCUUGCACUUUGAAUUUUAUGCAAGGAACCUACUGUCACAGUGAACGAUGAUAUUAAAAACAGCAUAGCAGGACUCAAUGAACUGGCUGGUGCAAAUUACAACUUAUACGUUAAGUUGAGCAUAUUUAUUUAUAGCUGCCACCUUCACCUUACUGCUACCUCUGUACCACAGUAAUUGUGGCAUUUUUCGUAACUAUGUAAAGUUUCUUAACUAUGUAAAGCUGCAAAUCAGAACUUUUUGUCAGAUCAAACCCAGUUUUUGGUACAGGCAAUUGAACAUUUACAUAGAUUGUAUGGUGUGAAUUUGAAUAAGGAAGCAUUGGCUAACUAUGACCCUUAUAUUAUUCAGCUACAAUGUAGAUGAACACACUUCUACUACCAGCAACAACAGGUGCCAAAUACAUAUAUAUCUAUAUCUAUAUCUAUCUAUCUAUAUAUAUAUAUAUAUCUAUAUAUAUUUAUAUAUAGAUAUAGAUAUAUAUCAUUUAUCUCACUGUCCCAUUUACUGCGGAAACUGUGAUACGAAACUUGCAGAUAUGAUUCUCGGUUCUGUACAUGUGUUUUGGGGGUAAAGGUUUACAAGUUUUCAUGUUUUAUAGAAAAUUGUUUAAGAGAAAUACCUUUUACACCAAGUUGUUGUCUUGUACAUAUCAGUAUAUAUUUUUCUUUUAAGAAAAAAAGACUGCUCUUUCAUUUGGCACUUUUAAAUCAUAGCUGUUAAACAAAUUGCUUUUCAAUGUUUCUUAUUCUCACACACCACUGAGAGCUAUAGGCAUUGGCUUACCAACAGAAGCAAAUUGGGAUUUAGUGUCUUGCCAGAGGACAGUUCUAAAUGAUGAGGCAACUGAUCUAUACUACUAAAACUGUAUUUAGUGACUCAACAUUACUUGAGCUAUAGCUUCCCAGCAAGUGCUACCAAUAAGCAAUUAUUAUUCUAUCCUCAAAGUGAUUUAAAAAACAUUCAAAUGUCCUGCAGAUUUUGAAAUCUAGAAAUUUUAAAAUGUCAAUUCAAAUGUCUCUAUGUUUUGCAACCUAACAAAGGCCGUAUGUAGAGGAGUGCUUUUCAAGACAAGUCAUUUUCAGAAUAUGAAAAGUAAUACAAAUCUUGUUAAUUAUGUGUUCGACAGGCUUGGCUGAUAAAAACCGAUGACAGAUAUCCCUUUAUUAAGCAUAGCAUAUAUUACAUUUGACACCAAAGUUAAGCCUUUAACAUUGAACUCUGUGUAUGAUGUCUUGAGCUUGACCGCCUACAGUGUAAGUUUCUUGGAUAUAUAUAAAAUGCACAAAUUAUUGCUUUCAUAAUUAGGAGACUCAGAUCCACUUAUUGUGGGAAAACAAUUUAUUAUUUUUGCCAAAAAAUAAAUUCACAUAAUUAGUAUGUCAUACAGAUGUUUUCUCAUUAAGAAACUGAGUAGUACUUGAUAAUGCAGCCCAUAACUUAUGGUAUAAUUUCAUAUAUUUCAUAUACAUAUACUUCCUGUAAGGAAGUUGCAACCAACUAUUGCUCCAUUCAACACUUCAUUUUCUUCCACUUAACUACGGCCAGGACCAAAUUGCAGGGGUAGUAGCCUAAGUAGAGAAUACAAGACUUCUCUCUCCCCAGCCACCUGCUCUGGGGGAAAACCAAGGCAUUUCCAGCCCAGCUGAGAGACCUAAUGUCUGUAGUGUGUCUUGGGUUUAUCUCAGUGCCUCCUCCCAGUAGGACAUACCCAGAAAGCUUGCUCAGGAGGUAUCCUAGUCAGAUGCCCAAACCACUUAAGCUAGUACAUUUUGGAGUGGAGGAGUAGUGGCUCUGCUCGGAGUCCCUCCCUAAUGACUUAACUCUUUGGAGAAGGAUAAACUGCUCCAGUGUGAACUAUAGGCCACCACCCGAUAAAGCCAACAGAACCACAUCAACUGCAAAAAAGCACAGACGAGAUCCUGAAGCCACCACAGUGGAAGCCUGAGAAAUUCUGUCCAUAAAAAUUUGAAAUAGACUUACUGCCAGCAGUGUAACCAAGUUCUCACUGUGGUUUGAACAGUGACCAAAUAGGGACUUUCUAUCAUAGUCGUUUUUUGUUUGUUUGUUUCUUGUUGUCUUUCUUUCUUUUUUUUGUUAAACAAUGUCUUCUCCAAGUCCACAAGAUACAUGUAGACUGGUUUGACUGGUAGCCAGGCACCAGGGGCUUUGGCCUGGGAACAAGACAUCACCCUCCCCAGGCCUCACUCCAGGGCAUGGUUAUAGCCCAAUGGUUAUUAAAUUUGUUUUUGUUUUGUUUUUUUUAAAAAAACAGUUAACAUUUGAAUGGCAUUUCAGAACCGAACUUAUGAUUCUGAUAAUUUCUUUUCUAUUUUUUAAGGUAUUACACUUUAUUGGAUGUUCUUGUUCUUCAGUUUGGCCUUUCAGCUAAAAAUAUUGGAUAACUGAACAAAUAACAGAUCUUAUAAUUAAAAAGCUGAGAGUAAAGAAAUACUUUUUUUAAUGAUUGUCCAUUUAACUUUCAGCUUAGUCAUGCCUACACCCAAAACAUUGUGCAGUUAGAAUAUUAUUAUCGUAAUGCUCUAAAUGUCAUGGCACAAUGAAUACAUACUCAGAUUGUAUUAAAUAUGUAGUUAGCCAUUUAAAAGGUACCUAUACCCUCUAGUGGGUUAGGUAAAUUCUUGAUUCUAAAUUGCCCAUAGGUGUGUGAGUGUGAAUGGUUGUCUGUCUCUAUGUGUUAGCCCUGCAACAGAUUGGAGACCUGUCCAGGAAUACCCCACCUCUCACUCUAUGGUAGCUGGGAUAGGCUCCAGCUCCCCUGUGACCCAGAUAAGAAAAAGUGGAAGAGAAUGGACACAUGGAUGGAUGGACUUUGAUGUGCUUCCAUAAAGUUGAGUUUCAAAAUAAAAGCAGUGAGCUAAGAUUCAUUUUUGGAUUUGAGAGCAGCAUUCAGUUGUUUAAGGAGAAACUCCAUUCUCUUGCAUUCCUCUUCACAUGCAUUGCACUUCUAAACUGAUCCACGCUGCUAGGCAUGGGCAUGUGAAGUUUGAUAGUAUUCAUCUAUGAUGCAUCAUUAAGAGUGUCUUGGAGAACUUAGUUUAUCUGUGGAUUAAAUCUGUCAACAGAUGGGUGAUGUAAGAGGCCACAAUAAAUGAAUAUGAGGCUUACUUUGAAAAGCCGUAACUUCCAAUUUCGUAAAUCAUCACUGAAAAAGUCUACAACCACUGACUGACAUGAUUUAAAAUAUGAUUAGGUUUUGAGUGGUAAAUCAGACUACCCAUGGUUUGGGAAAAUAUCGUGAUAUAGUUGUGCAAUGUUUAGGAUUCUGUUUAGGAUUCUGGCACCAUAAGUGCAUUUCUGUCUUUGCUUCUGAGAGGAAAAUCAUUCAGAUUGGCCAUUAAAGCUAUAAGCACCAAGCCUCAGAACAAAAUAGCUAUGCUGUGGCUCUUAUGGAAGUCUUUGCAAGAAAUUAGGUAUCAUGUCCCUUUUAGAUAUUGGUGUUUAUACACUCUGGGUUUCUGUAGGACAUAGAGGGCCUGUGCUCCACAUUAUUACCAUAAAAGAUGUGUUUCAUCUAUGAUCUCUGUUUUGUCUUUCCUGUCCUUGUACAUAUUCCCUUCAUGAUUUGAAAUGAAGCUGAAGUGUACCAUCAUCCGAACUCAGAAAUCACUGUGGGUUGGGGUUUGAAAGGUAACAUAGCUCAGAAGCCUCACAGGACCAAUACAGCAUUAGAAAUAUUUUGGGGGGGUUUUAUGUGAAUUUUGAUAAAACUGUGAGGUUUGUUUUUUUUUGUUGUUUUUUUUAAAUAAAUGUUAUGCAAUCGUUGUACGUACAGAAAAGAAAAGUGAAUUUUCCGUUUGAGUCAUGUGACAUUUGAGUGUUUUUUUUUUAAAAUGGGGACAUUUGGCAUGUUAAACCCUUCCUUCUAAUGUACUGCCAUAAAUCACAUGUUCAUCCACUCACUAUGGUGUUAUCUACAUGAGUCCCUUUGAACUUGGUCCUGUUUGUACAUGUUCAGAAUGUUGUCAGUUAUUGUAAGGCUAUAACAUGUUUUGAUGGUAGCAUUCAAAAGCACAAUUCCAAGACAUUUAUUCCCCGCUUAUGUUUUGAAAUUCAGUGCUAUUGUAAAAAUUCAGGAAGGAAUACAUAUGCUUCUUUAAGGGUUAGUUAUUCUUUGUAAUCUGCUCACUGGAACACAUAAGAAUAAAGAAACAAACUCUUAACAAGCUGCUUUAACAAUGAAGGUUUGGAUUUCUAGUGUUGGAUCAGGACAGGCCAGACUCCUUUUUUUAUUUUUUAAGAUGUUGUAGUUUAAAGAAAUGCACUGACUUGAAUUAAUUAUAAAACAUGUCCUGAUGCAUGUUCUUUCUGAACAGAAAGUACAACUAAGACUUCUGUAUUGCAGAAGCUCAUUAGACAUUGCAUGUACUAUUCUGGGCUCUGUGUUAGUCUUCCUGGAGAUAGUGUUUUGUGGUACAUUUUUAUGACUAUGAUCAAAAGAGGUGCUUCCACUUAUCUCAGCUUUAAGUGUUGUUUAUU